AUGUCCAGCUCCAAGAAUCCCUCACGCCCGUACGAGCUACGAGAAUACACGGGCCACGUACAUUCGUCGGAUGCGCUGAAUCUGUACACAGAGCUGGGUGGAGGUGCGGAAGGCAGCCCCCUUGAGCAGACCAAGACCGAGAUCCACUUCCACGACGAAGUGCAGAAAGAGGAAGAUGACGAGUCCCGGUACCCUUCAGGGCUGCAGCUUGCACUGAUAACCCUUUCCCUGUUCGUCGCCAUCUUCUUGGUCGCAAUCAGCCAGUUGGUCAUCGCCACAGCCAUCCCGACCAUCAGCGACAGCUUCCAGAGCUUUGCAGACAUCUCAUGGUACAGCAUCGGCGAGCAGGUCACCGCCGUCGCGGUGCUGCUGCCAUUUGGUCGCGCCUACACGCUGCUCAGCAUCAAGUGGACCUUUGUGACCUCGGUCAACGUCUACCUGUUGGGGAGCGCCAUAUGCGGGUCUGCUCCGUCCUCGAUCGCCCUUAUCAUCGGGAGGAUGAUACAAGGCGUGGGCAUGGCUGGCGUUUUCGACGGCGCCUUUAUCGUUCUUGCCUAUAUUACCCCGCUGAGGAAGAGGAGUUUAUUCGCUGGCAUCUUCGGGGCUGCGUAUGGGAUUGCGAGUGUUCUCGGACCCGUCAUUGUUAAUCUCCCGAUCGGGUUGGUAAUCGUGCCAGCAAUGAUCUUUUGUCUGCCCAAGAAUAUGGGAUCUUCAACGUCCACGUCCGGCGAGAAAAGGAGUUGGUGGCAAUCCAUCAAGCGGUUCGACCCACUUGGAACCAUCUUGUUGCUGACCUCUCUCGUCUGCCUGACGUUGGCUCUGGAAUGGGGUGGCGAAAUAUACGCCUGGCGUGAUGCCCAUGUCGUCGCAGCGCUCACUGUAUUUGCGGCGACGAUCCUGCCCUGGAUAGCCUUGCAGCAUUUCCAAGGCGAAGAAGCCACUAUUCCGUGGAGCAUGGUGAGCCAGCGAUCAGUAGCGGGAUCAAACCUAUACCUCUUUUUCUUGAGCGGGAGUUUUGCUAUUUCUAUUUUCUUUCUGCAAAUUUGGUUUCAAUCCGUUCAGGGGGAUACUCCCCAGAGUGCGGGCCUCAAGCAGCUGGCGUUGUGUCUCAGCACCGCGGUCGGUUCAGUUGUCGCAGGCGGGCUCGUAAUGCUGACCGGUUACUACAACCCAUACUUGAUUCUCGGCUCCGUCUGCGCGACAGCCGGGUGUGCCAUCAUGAUGAUAAUCGACCGAAAUGCUGGUUUUGGUCUUGUUAUCGGGGUUCAAAUCCUCAUCGGCGCCGGUGUGGGAGCUGGAGGCGAGCAGGCCAACGUUGCCGUUCAGGCCGUGCUGCCGAGCGACAAGUUGGCGAGGGGCACGAGUCUUACCCUCUUCGUGAGGCUUCUCGGCUUUGCGAUGUGGGUGCCCGUGGCCCAAAGCAUCAUCCAAAAGGAGAUACUCGAGCAGCUUGGUCCCGAAUUGACCAGCGAGGUCUACGGCAACGGCGGGGCAGGGGAUCUGCACGAGCAGCUCGAGGAAAUCUUUGAUGGAGACAAUACUCCGGACUACAUGGAAGCACUUAAUAGGCUGAACUAUGCCAUCACCAGGGCGUUCGUGCUGGCCAUGAUUUUGGCUGCCAUCUCUUUGCCGUUUGCUAUGAUGGUAGAGUGGCGGAGUGUCAAGACGAAGAAAGAAGACUCGAAGGGGAAGAAGAUUGCGGAGAGACACGGCCGAGGAUCCGUGGAAUAA